GAAGUAAAAUCCUCAAUGUUAUCCUUUUUGUUCUUUCUCCAGCUCGGUUUUGCAGUUGGCAAUGUAGUUGGAAUGUAUUUGGCCCAGAACUAUGAUGUUCCAAACAUUGCAAAGAAGAUUGAAGACAUCAAGAGAGAUGUAGAAGCUAAGAAGAAGCCUCCGAGUGAUAAAUGAUGCUGAUAUAGGCAUCCUACUUUUCAACAUAGAUGGUGUAUUUUAACCAUCCAGCCUUAGGUGUCAAACCUUUAUUGGCUUUAAUGAAUGCUCCCCUGCCUGAUCUCUGAAGGCCUUAAAAAGCAUUCAGACUUAGUGUUACUAUAUCCAUGUGGCCUCCUUGCACUUGACUUUUUUCCAAAGAAAAAAAUAUCCCAUACAGUAUAUAUACAAACUGGACUUUUGUUCUCAAUUUAUUGCUUCAGGAAUACUUUACAUUUAGUAAUAACAAGAGUCAGGAACAGAAUGAAGAUAUGCCAUUAAUUAUUCCAAUCUAAAAAAUAUAACUCUACAAAUAUUGGUAUCUAUUUAUAAAACGCUAAACGUCUUAUAAAAUGCCCAUCUUGUUGCUGAAAUAUGAUGUUUCUAUUUGAUUGUUGGGCAUUCCUGCAACAUGUAUAGUCAGCAUGAAUUAAAUGUCAAACAUUGAGCAGUUUAUAGAGGUAUGAUACCCAAUAUGCUUUAUCCAUUGUUUGUAAAAAUUAAAAAAAUUAAAAUUUGAACAACUUAAAUGAAUUGUUCCAAUGUAUCAACAAUAUACUCAUCUUCCAAUUCUUAGUUGGUACUUCAGUUUAUAAUAUUUCUAAGGGGUAACCAUUCUGGUAUAACUAGGAAUUGAUGUAGUCCUGCACUUGCAUUUUGAUGAUGAAAACAUGAAUCAAACUAUGCAAAGUUACUGGCUUGUAUUUUUCCUGUCUUGUAUCUGUUGUAGCCCUUUCUUGAAACAAAGAAAGAUGCAUCAGUUUAAAGAUGGUAAGAAACCUGAUCCUUCAUAAUAUUUAAGAAGAGGCUGGAUGAUCAUUGCUGAUAGUGCAGGAGCAAGCAUGCCUAUUGUAGCCCUCUCUCCCCCAAACAUUUUUGUACCCUAUUCUGAUUGAUCACUCUAUUAAAUUUUGUUAAUGGAACUGCUGAAAAAUGGCAAUAUGAAUUUAAAAACUAUCCCAAAUUUAUACCUACUUCUCUACUGAAACCCUUCCUUACCACAAAUAUUAAAAUUUAAGUUUUGGCUUCCUAAGGUUUAAUAAUGGACUAGAUAAUAUGCUUUUGGACAGGUUAACUUGGAACCUAGAAUUCUAGUUUUGUGUCACAUGCUAAAUGGAUUACCUGUAUAUUUAUAUGAGAAUUACUUGCAUUUAUUGUUUUCUUCAUUUGUUAAAUAGCAAGUUUUGAUACUCAUAGACUUGGGGUUGUAACAAUGCUCGUAUACUCUGUUGAGUACAGCUUUAUGGAUUACCAUGUGCAUUCAAAAAUGUGUAUAUUGUAACAAUAAAUAAAUACUAAACUAUUGUGAUAAAUUUCAGCUUUUAAAGGGUGUCCAAUUCACAGUGAUGUCAUUGAGAACCUUUUCCCAUUGACUUGACUUUUAGUUCUCUAUUUGGAAUUAUAUUCAUCAUGUUAAACUUGAUGUGACUUUUAGAAUUGCAAUAGAUUCUUUUUGUAUUAUCAUUUUUCAGACCUUGACCAUCAUACAUAGAUGCAGUGUUAGGGCAUUGUUAUCAAUUGUUUUUUCUACAGAAUAUGAAGUGUUUGGGUAAAAUUGCUUGAUUUCCCCACCGAUCUAAUUUUAUUAGAAUUUUCUUUCUUUCUCUCUUUCAGAAUCUUGUCUAUAUGGGUAGAGGGAAAAUUGGACUAUUAUCCCAAUUAAUGCAAAUUUUCAGAAAGGAAGAGGAUUAGCUUUGAGAGAUCAAAGCUAAUUUUACAUGAAGCAGCAUUUUUCCCCCUCUCGAUUGCAUAUUGGUUACCAUUAAAUCAAUGGAGCUAUUGCCUUAUGUCAUGGUCUGCAGAGUUUGUCUUUACGAUAUUGGCCAUCUUCUGAAAAUUACAAAUGGUAUUUUGAAGAAUUACAAAAAUUCUUUCUCAUGUCUGCAAAAUAUGAAGGUUUAAACAGUACAUAUGAUGGUACAAAAUAAAAGCUGGUUAUUCACUUCCA